AUGGACUUCGCGCCGGGCGAGCUGGCCCUGCUCCUGCGCGCGACUGAGGACUACGCCCUGCUGCACCCCACUGGCGGGCCCGCGAUCGCGCGCCUCGCGUGCGCGCUCGCCGAGGUGCUCGCGAAUGCAGAAAAGCGAGCCGCCGAGCGUCUGCGCAGGAGCCCCCGAGCUCGACCCGCACGGGGGAGCUGCGCUGGCCGCUGCGGCCUGCAGGAGAUGCGCGCGGCCGCCCUGCUGCCGGCGGGCGCGCUGGAGGCGCUGCUGCGCGCGCAGCGGGCGCAGCUCGCGGGCGAGGCUAGCGUGCCCCUGGACGAGCGGCGGACUUCGGCGGGGAGAUAUUUUCGGAGGUUGAUAGACCUUCUAACCUGA